GCCGCGGGGAGCGCGGGUUUGUUUAGUAACGUGCCCGCGGGCUGAGGCGGGACCGGUAGCGGCGCUGAGGAGCGGGACGUAGCGCCGGGAAGAUAAUUAAACCCCACCACACAUCUUCCAAUAAAAUGGGGAAACCGACUGGUGGGAAAUCAGCAAAAAAUCCUUUUAAAUUGCAAAAUCAACAAGGACCUCUCAGAAAAAAAAAGGGAGCAGAUGAACAAGGAAGUAAACAAGGUCAAAAAAGAAAGCAGGUCCCUCAGACAGUCACAAGGGAAGUUAAGGAACUGAAAGACUAUUCCCCUGCAGGAGAAAAUGGUUCUUCAAAAAAGGUGAAGCUGUCCAGUGCUACAAUAGGAACUUGGCAGCCUCUCUCAGAGAACAGUAGACUGUUCCUGGAAAGUAUAGUGGAUUCAGUAGUACUAUCUGUUUUGUCCCAACAAAGGGAGAGAAAAGGUGAUGUUCAGAAGCAUCUCAAUGUACUGAAAGAAAGGGUGCUGAGAAGUUUCAGGUCUUUAAAGGUGCCUCCAGGGAAGCUGGGCAACCUGAAGAAUAUCCUGAGCCUUCAAAUGGCGGAGAAACAAAUGCUUGAGACAAACGAGGAGUCUUUGGUACAACUGCAGGAAGAAAUAACUGAAGUGGAACAAUCAGCAGAGCGCAUUGAGGAAAAAAUACAGCAACUGCAGUACAAAAUCCAGGUGCUGAAGAACCAGUUAGAGGAAGAUGAAAAAGAAGCCAGGAAGGUAUUCCAGGAAAACGGCAGUGGAACACUCCACCUCCCAGAACUCCCCAAGAGCAGUUUGCAGGCACCCACUUUGCAGGAGGAAAUUUUGAAGAUAAAGAAUCAGAAGGGCCUUUUAAAGGAUAUGAAUGCUAUUCAGCAGUCAGCUGACUUGAAGAACUUGUUAACCCUCAUUGAAAAGAGCUAUGAGAAGGUGGAUUUGCUUUGAGAAGGCAGAAUGUGUGGAGUCUCCGUGCUGAGCUGGGAAACUGCCUUCUUCCUAAUGGCCUUCCUGUAAUGACUGCAGAAUUUCUGUUAAAACAUUUUCUAUUAACAUUGGUAUAUAAAUCUGUAGAUACAUUUUACAUUUUGGGACUCAAAUGAUUUAAGUCAUCUGUAAUGUUUCUUUUUUUGUUGUUGUUGUUUUUUUUUUUUUUUUUUUUUUUUUUUUUUGACCUGUGGUGACUUCUAAUGAUGAUGUAUCCUGUCUUAGGAGAAGGGAGGGAAAUAGAUCCGGGGUUAUUUUUCCAGAAUAAGGGAACUGUUCCAUUAUAUUUGCCCUUCUAUAUCUGUAAAUCACUGAAGGCAGUGUCUUUUACCAAAGUAGUUCGCAUUUGGGAGUUUAAACCUGAAACAGGCAGUAAAAAUAAGCUUAUCUAAUACUCAUUUGUAAAUCUGUUCAACUUUCUUACUAUUUUUUAAUAAAAAGCCCUCAAUUGAAGAACAGUGAAUAAUUUUUAUCAAAUGUACAAAAUUGUUUUUACCUUUUUGUUACUUAAUGCAAAAACCAAUGUCAAACAACAUAAAGUACUUUCUCAGGAUAAAUACCCUGCUGGAAGAUAGCAGUUCUCUUUACACUGACUUGCCUCAUAAACUGUUGUUCUUCUAUUUACAAGCUGCUGCCACUCUUAAUGAGAUUAAAGCUAAUUGUCUCUCUUUUAUGAGGGCUUGAAAGCCUCUAUGGAGUUAGAAUCAUGGAAUAUCUCAAGUUGGAAUGAACCUGUACCUAAACCAUGUAGGAUCAGAAAAAAUAGACUAAGUACUUGCUUUAUACAGAAUCACAGGAAAAGAAAUAAAAUUAUUUAGAAAUAUGUCUCAAA